AGUUAUGACUAUUGACGGUGCUGUCAUCUCUAUCCCAAUAGAGGCUGGUAACCUGCCUAGCUGUCAUCCACAUUAUACAUUGCUGGCAUGCCUGCUUUCCGCUCUAGAAACCUAUUGUACUUACGUGUUGAUACGCAAACUAUCCUUCCGUGUUCCUGCAUCUGGACGACCAGAACGGACACACGGAGUGGAUGACUCAGAGCACACUCGAACAAGUGGUAGAAGAUAUGCGGUACCUACGCGCGGCGGUCGCUCCUGGACCUUCAUCAAUGAAGAAGACUUCUGGGUUGAUGUAUUUCGUGGAAUUUGGCUACUACCUCGAGAAAGCGGAUCACCACACUAUUUUAAUCAAGCAUCAGUCGUUUGUCCCUGCUGCUCCACUUGUGUCAGCGAAGCCUGCCGUAACUGCUAGUGUAUCUCCUAGAGCAUUCCAGCCUACUAGGGAGAGUGGGUUGGUAUCCAGCACUCAGGGGAAGAAGCGAGCCCGUCCUCAGAGUCUUGAAGUUGACGAUCUUGAUCAACAACAAAGCCGAGAGCAAACUGAGGUUCACCUCGUGCCUACCCCUUUGCAACCUCGUCGGUCACGACGUACUAAAUCUAGGGUCGCCAACUAUCAAGAACUCAGCGAUUCAGAGCAACAAAGAGGCCAGCCGGGAGAUGAACUAGGCUCCUCCAAUGCCCGCCAAUCAUUCCAAGAACCCGGUGAAGAUGAUGGAUAUGAGGCAGAAAUAAAGAUGGAACAUAGUGACCACGAUGACAUCCUACACUACCCUUCUUUUGAUAACGAAGAUGCAGCCGACAAAAAGAAGCUUAAGCUGACUACGUCGUACACGGGCUUCACAAUAUCAAAGUACAAACUCUGCUUGAUCCCAGGUUUCACCUCUAAGUCUCCCGGAACGCAACCAUCGCGGUCGCCAAGCCCACUGGCACCCUUCAUUCAUUUAUCACCCACCCCUGGCCCACAACCAUCAAGACGGCGCACCCCUCUCUUUCGCGAGCCCAGUAUGACACCCGCACCGGAUACUGUAUUGCAAGAAACCUCUCCGCUGAAGGGCCUGACCAUGAGCCUGGGGGAUUC